UCGCGCCGGCUGCAAAGAAAAAAGCCGGUUGCUGGGAGAGUGAGGAAGAAAGGGUGGAAACCCAACACGGAAGUGGUGGCAGCUCCUGGGAAGCAAGUGGAGGCGGUGACCGCGACGUCUGAGACGAAAACCCAGCGCCAACGGGUGGGAGCUUGCAGAGAGGCAUCCGCCUUUUAGAACCUACAUGAGGUACAGGAGUGGCUGGGCCUCCCCUAUCCACCUCAGCUAGCACCCAGACCGAUGGCGAUGGUGAUGGCGGCAGUUACUCGGAUAGCCCCAGUUAAAUUGCUCUCGGAAAGGUAUAUCCAGAAAGUGCCCAGAAGAAACUUCCUUCCAGAAAAACUGAAAAAACAAUAUUUAUAACACUGGAAUUUGUGGCUAAUUUGUUAAAAUGGCAGAAAAUAGUGAAAAUAAUAGUAAAGAUUUAGAUGUAAGGCCCAAAACUAGUCGGAGUAGAAGUGCUGACAGAAAGGAUGGAUAUGUGUGGAGUGGAAAGAAGUUAUCUUGGUCAAAAAAGAGUGAAAGUUGUUCAGAUGUUGAAACAGUGAAUGCUAUAGAGAAAACUGAAGUUCCUUUAAGGAGCCAAGAAAGAAAGCACAGCUGUUCAUCCAUCGAGUUGGAUUUAGAUCAUUCCUGUGGGCAUAGAUUUUUAGGCCGAUCUCUUAAACAGAAAUUGCAAGAUGCUGUGGGGCAGUGUUUUCCAAUAAAGAAUUGUAGUAGUCGGCACUCUUCAGGGCUUCCAUCUAAAAGAAAAAUUCAUAUCAGUGAACUCAUGUUAGAUAAGUGUCCUUUCCCACCUAGAUCAGACUUAGCCUUUAGGUGGCAUUUUAUUAAACGACAUACUGCUCCUAUAAAUUCCAAAUCAGAUGAAUUGGUAAGCACAGACUUGUCUCAGAGUGAAUUGAGGGAUGGUCGGCUAAAACAAAGAAGAAACAUGGAAGAAGAGGUGACCUGUUUCUCACAUCCCAGUGUUCAGCCCUGUGUCAUAACUACCAACAAUGCUUCAUGUAGAAGUGGUCCUAUGACUGGCUCUGUGAUGAACUUGGUUUCAAAUAACUGUAUAGAAGACAGUGAUAUGGAUUCAGAUGAUGAAAUUAUAACACUUUGCACAAGUUCCAGGAAAAGAAAUAAACCCAAAUGGGAAAUGGAUGAAGAAAUCCUGCAAUUGGAAACACCUCCUAAGUAUCACACCCAGAUUGAUUAUGUCCACUGUCUUGUACCAGACCUCCUUCAGAUCAAUAACAAUCCAUGUUACUGGGGAGUUAUGGAUAAAUAUGCAGCUGAAGCUCUACUAGAAGGAAAACCAGAGGGUACCUUUUUACUUCGAGACUCAGCACAGGAAGACUAUUUAUUCUCUGUUAGUUUUAGACGCUAUAGUCGUUCUCUUCAUGCUAGAAUUGAACAGUGGAAUCACAACUUUAGCUUUGAUGCACAUGAUCCUUGUGUCUUCCAUUCUCCUGACAUAACUGGGCUCCUAGAACACUAUAAGGACCCAAGUGCCUGUAUGUUUUUCGAACCACUUUUAUCCACUCCUUUAAUUCGGACUUUCCCCUUUUCCCUGCAGCAUAUAUGCAGAACAGUUAUUUGUAACUGUACAACUUAUGAUGGCAUUGAUGCCCUUCCAAUUCCUACUUCUAUGAAAUUAUAUCUGAAGGAAUAUCACUAUAAAUCUAAAGUUAGAGUACUCAGGAUUGAUGCACCAGAACAACAAUGCUAGAUCGAGGGUAGGAACAUGGAGAUUUCAUAUUUUAUUUUUCUUAUGCCACUUUGAACUUUUCUACAAGGGCGGAGUCCAAAAUAAACCUCUGCCCUAAAUCUUGCUCCCAGAUCAGUUUAUUUUUCUUAUGAUACACUAAUUGUUUAAAGUAACACACUAGGGGUUAAUGGAUAUUUUUGACCAGGUGUUUGGUUUUUGUUUUUUCUUUUCUUAACUAAUUUGCAUAUGAUCCAGGGAUAUUUGAAAUUUAGUAGCGUUGUACAAGCAGUUACCUAUUUUCAUACUUUGCUUUAAAAAUAAUCCUGUAUCCUUUUCUAUAUGUAAAAUGCUUUGUGAAGCAUUGGCAUUGGCAUUCCUUUACAUAAAACAUAGUUUUCCCAUCCCCCUUUUCAGAGUUUUAAAAUUCUUUAGUAAAGCUAAGUGUGCUAUAAUUCACAAUCCGUACUAAUGUAAUUGACUUUUGUGAUUUACUAAUAAGGAUGUUAAAGGUAACUAAAUGGUUUAAAAUCACACUCGAUGUGUUUUCAUUUUAAAUAUUAACUAUGAAACAGGAUUACUAAAUUUGGUUAAUCUGGUCAGUAAGAAUCAAAUGAGAACAUUUUAGAGGUGAAUUUAUUCCUUUACAAUGUGGCAUGGUCAUUUGUUAUUCCUUGAACAGAUCUUUCUCACAACUUGGAUGACUUACCAUCUUCAGAAUAUAAAUAUUGUUCCUUUUUCACUGGAAACUUUAAUGAUAACGCUGUUAGUAACUAGUAGUUACUAAAGUACUAAAGCAACUGUGGGGUUUUUCUGUAUUUACUUAUAAACUAUUGUUUCUACUUAGCCCUUUUAUAGGAAUUCUGAGCCUGUUAUUUGGAGAGAUGCUACAGUUUAAAAACAGCCACAGAUUUCCGUUGGUAACCAAAAAGAACCUAAGUAGUUUUUCAUUAUUUUAAAUUGAGCUUGAAUAAAGAUUCAAAAAGUAAACAUAGAGCUUAGUAUUCAGAAACCUUAUAUUGUUUUUGGUCUUCAGGUUUCAAAUAAUUAUUCCUAUCUUCAGAAUUAAUGUCAUUAUUAUGAGAGCAUUUUGAGAGCUAAAUGGCUUAUGCCAUACUGAACAGUACUGGGUACCACCAGGUGUAAUUUUUUAAAUUUACUAUCCCAGAACAGAAAAGCAUUUUUAGAAACAUUAUCCCAGUAAAAUAAGUGGAGUGAUAUCGGAAUCGUCCCCUUUUUAAAAGAAUCAGUGAAUAAUAAAUUUCCUAGACAGUUAUUUCUUCUAAUGAGCUGUUUACCCCUUUGUAAAUUGGCAUUUUUAAUAUCAUAAUAAUUGAUUUCUUGAUGCUGGUUUAGCUCUAAUAGGAAACUACUUUUACCUGGGUCGAAAGAAAUUUGACUCAAAUUUCUGAGUUAGAACAGAUGUUUCUUAAGUAUCAUUGCUUUUAUGUGGAAGUAGCAAUUCCCUUUCCUGCAGUUCUGCUGCUAACAUAAAUUUGGCAUUUUUCAAUUAUAGUGUUAAAAUAAAUUAUUAACAAUUAUCGCAAAAUUAAACCAAGAAAAUCUAUUAGCAUUAUCUUCUAGCAUUUUUUUUUCUCGGUGAUCUCAAGAUUGUCUUGGUUCCAGUGAAGGGUAGCUACUAAAACAGCAUGUCUCUUAGCAGUGAUGAGGCUCGGGAUACCAUAUCAAUGUCAGGAUAAAUAUCUCUUCUAAAGAUGAUAUUUCCAUUUUACAAAAGAAAAGUCUCUUACUACCUCAUCUUUAUUGUGGCACUUUUGUAGAUCACUGAGAAGCUUAUCUUAUUUACUAACAUAACACUUCCUAAAUAUUUAUCUUUGGCGAAAGAAAAUAGUAUGGUAACACUCUACCCAUGAUUAUAAUUUUUUAUCAGAAUUUUAUAAUGAGACUUUCUGUUUCUGUGAAACAAUUAUUAUUUUAAAUAUUUUUCUUUUAAAAAUAACUUUUUAUCAGUACAGAAAAACCUAAGGGAUGACAAGCUAACAAAUAUUCUGUUAAAGGAUAAUUUUAUAAAGAAAAAUGAAGCAUAAUUAUGUUGUCUUUUAUAAAAUGGUAAAAACUAGUGUUUAUAUAAAAAUCAAGAUCUAAGUAGCUUUUCAUAUAGUCAAACUGGUUGUGAUAUUUUCUUUGACUUUCUUAUAUUUUCAACUUCAAGGUAUUAAUAGCUAUUAACAUUUUCAAAAUAACUGCCAUAUAUAUAGCCUUGAAGUAAAUGAUCUAAUGAGAGCAUGGAAGAGACUCAUUUACUCUGAAAUGGUUUGUAUUUUUCCUAUGGUGAUUGCUACAGUGAAAAGAAAUCUGGAAAGUAGAUAUAUAAGGACUUGAGAAGGGAGUUGUUUACCAUGAAGGAAAAAGAAAAGUAAUAAUAAAUUAAUUUUAAAGCUUUAAGAGAUUGGAAUUUAGAAAGGUUAAGCCCUUUCUCAGUUACUUUGUGAGGACACAUUUGGAAGAGCAUCCAAUAUUCAGAAAAUAACUUGUUAAAAAAUGUAAUUAUUGGAACAUAUAAAUAAAAUGAGUAUUGAGAGGAACAAUGUGGGAAGAUAUAUCUAAGUAUCAAUUUUGUAACUCAGACAUUGUGAGCGUUUGAAAAGUGUAAAUUCUAAAGAAAGCAUUCAGCAUAGUGGAAAUGUGUAGAGCUCCUUGGUAAGAGGAUGAGGCUAAAGGAAACAAGAUAAAAUAUUAAAAUUAAGAAUUUAGGCAUUACCUUGGGGAAAAGCCUUGACAGUGAAAGGAAACUACUUAAUUGCUAAUAGCUAGUCUGGACCAGACACAACAGCGCUUUGGGAAUCGUCCUGCACUAAUCGGGAAAUAAACUUGACUUUUCUAUUUCUCUCUGAAGUUCUUCAAGACAUUACCCCACCUCCUUUUUAAAGCAACAGCAUCUUACUUCAUACUAUAAUUCCUGAAAUAUGCUGAUGUAUUUUUUAAGGUUCCUUGAGCAUUUUUUUUUUUUUUUUGCAAAGAAUCAUACGUGAUCUUUCUAUAACCAUGCCAUUCACUUAAAUAAUUCAUAGAGGGAAUGGUUUAAUUUAAAAGAAGACCUAAUAGGAAGAAGAUUAAAGGAAGCUUUUAGUCAGCCUGUGGCUAGAUUUAUUGAUUGAGCAGACCUGUGUUCUUUCCUCAAUUUCAGCUAAUGGCAAACUGUGGUUAAAGAAUGACUUUCAGUUAAAGUUUUGACUUAUGAUAAAUAUAAAGAAUGUUUUUGUAAUUAGAAAUCCUUUAAAAAGUAGAGCAAAUGUGGCAGAUAGGACUCAUAUCAUUAUACAGAUUCCAUUUCUUUUUAUAAGAAAAACAUAAACCAUUAUCAUUUAUUCAUGAACCAAAGCCAUUAAGAUAAAUCAAGUUGUCAGCUUCCUGUCUCUCUGAAGUUUGAAUCAUUUUAUAGAUCGACAUAAUAGAAAGCUUCCUUCCUAUGAAACAAAAACCUUAAGACCUAACUCUAAUACUCUUAGUUUUCAUUAAAAAUAUUUUCGUCACUUUUAGCUAUAAUCAGAGUCAAAUUGGUUAUGUAUUGUUUUGGUAGAGCAAAUGUCACAGGAAAGUAGACAUAAUAAUUGUAAGACAUUCCUGGAGACAACACAAGGAAAACAAUGUUUUAAAUUUAAAAUAGCCUGUGUGUUAGGUAAUUUAAUGCCCAAAUGAAUAAAAGAUUUUUAAAUCAA